UUGCCACACACUGCAACCGGGGGCCCUGGGUGGGUGCCAUCCAACCGACACCCCAACCAGUCGGGACUGUUAGCCGCCAAUUAGCUUAGCACGGUGCACGGAGGGACCUUACUCAGGGCCCGGCCCCUGCAGGGUUAGCAGCAGACCAAGGUCCAGGGGUAGCAGAGGGUGACAGGUAGGGGUCUUGGAUAGACGUCCGGUUCCGUUAAUUGUCAUUGAGCAUUUCGAAGAUGAGUCAUAGCGGUGUUGCUACAUUGCUAUGCGCAUGUUAACGCGGCAGGGCCAGGCAGGCUAUUACGCAACUGUCAAAACGGAAGGUGCGCCCGUUGCUGACCGGAGAGGCUGGUGUGGUCCAGGAAAGGGCAGGAUUUCUGAUAGUUUUUGUGUGUGGGGGGCAGGAAAUGUACUGUCAUGCAGUCAGCAUCAUCCAGUCACUGUGGCGUUAAGGCCAGUCAUGGAAGCUCCAGGCCUCAUGCACACUCCACUUGCAUUCUCAUUUGCUAGCUAAACCUCACAAAUAACACAUUUAUGUCAUUUUAAUAAAGAAUAUGCACUCAAACUCCCAGUGCUGCAUGAACGUCAGCAUAUGUCACAUAUGCAUGUGCAUCUUUUUUAAACAUUAAUCAUAAUGUGAUUAUACAGUGUGUGUGUGUAUAUUUAUAUAUAAUAUACAUGAUCGAUGAUUUUGCAGGGUUGCACUUGCAGAGAUGUGACAGAAAGGUUGUCGAGGAAUGUUGAUUGAGCUUCAAGGCCUGCUAGCAUGAUGUUUGUGGGGCGAGGCCAGGGGCUGGGUCUCUAUACACGCACACGCACACGCACAUCCACACUGCAAGAUGCCCUAGCAUUUUAAAUGAUCAGUGUGUGCUUUGUACAGUACAAUGCCAAAUCUGGUACUGUCAAUAGGGGGACUCAAUAUACUGAAAGUACUGCAGAGGAAGGGAGACUUUAGUCUAAUUAGCUGUCUGUUCUAGUGAAUAUGCCUUCUGUUAAGAAAACACCAGAAAAAUGUUUAAAAUUAAUAAAUAAAACAGGGUGUACACGCUGGGAUAGGCUCCAGCCCCCCUGUGUCACUGAACGAGAUAAGUGGUAUGCAUGGAUGGAUGGCAGUUCUGCUGAACUGAUGGUUGGAUGUAAUAAAAUUCUUAGAUGCUCCUCACAUAUCAGACUUAGUAACAUUUUUAAUCAUCAUCAGUCAUCAUCGUAAUUGAGUAUUCUACUGAAAAUUCCUUCAAUUAAUUGGAGCAAAUGUAUUUUUGCUUGUUUAAAGAGCAAUUCUAAAUUCACAAGAGAAAAUAAGACGUUUCACUUAAUGAACAACCAAUUGGUUUCAGUUUUUUAGAUAACGGUUUUAUUUCUUAAAUCCACAUUUUACAUAGGAACAAACUGUAUUUAUGAAAAACUCACCCAUUUACUUCGCUAUGCAUGCGGGGUAUAGUUUUAUCCACAAUGUAGUGGCAACGAGGCAUAAUAUAGCAAGUUGGAGGUGCUCAAUGAAGCGUUUAAACCCAACAUACUGGAACUCAGCACUGAUGGGCUGGCUCUUUCCUGUUAUAGCUAAUGACUUUUUGCCUUCACGAGUUUCCCGUGUGAUGCUGCUUCAUGUGCCACCAUGGGAAAUUUGUGCAGGACAAGUAUUUCACUCAGAUGCAACGUCUUUUUACUGCUCCUGGCUACUUUCGUUAGCACGCUAGCGGACGCUGUUGUCGUGAUAACAUCGGCUCUAUCCGGUUGUUGCUGGAUAAAUGUGCUGGGCCAGAGUCUGGAAUUGACUGCUUGUAUCGGAGUGUCAAUAUCGGAGGUUUGAGAUGCAGGCCGAUUAUAAUCCGAUAUUGUCAAUAUUGGAUGGGGACAUUUUUCAAAUUCAAAAUUUUGUAACGUUUGAGCUGCUUUUUAAAUGUUAGAUACCACUGUAUUACCAAAUAACAUUAUGAAUUGUGUAUGUUUCAGAACAUCUUUAGUAAUAGGUGUCCAAAUAAAUGCCUGAUGACUAGGGGUGUCACAAGACACUCGGUUCACGAAACAGUAGUACACAAGAUUUGGUUUACGAGAAUGAGGCGAGGCGAGACGAGAUUUUAACUUUUAAGAAAAGUACAAUGAUAACAUAUGACACUACACUGCAAUCUACUAAUAUCAUUUCUACCGUUACACUCUUCUUACACUCUUCUGCACUCUGUGUGUAUGCUAGCGGCUCCGCCUCCACCCACCGAGACAAAAAGACUGUAUGACUGAUGGAAGGGCUCAUCCGUUCAUGCUGUUGUUCUACAGAACAAAUGCACCAAGGUGCUGAAACCAAUGCACAGAGUGAACUCUCUUCCUUCCUGUUUGGAGGCGGGACACAAGGAAAACAGAUGUUGUACAUGUGCACUAUCGGUCAAAAGUUUUAGAACACUAAUUUCCCUGGAACAAAAACCUGCAUUUUUAAGUGUUAAGAUGUUCUGUCUCUCUUCCAUUGUUCAUUCCCUUUUUUCUUGCCAUUUUUGUAGCAACAAAUUACUUUCUCCAGUACGAUGCUGUUCAACUGAUGUUCACGAGGGUAUAACACCACAGUGUCUGUUUUUAUGCAGACAGAGGAGGUAGUAAGUACUCCAGUAACUUGGAACAUCUGUAGGAAUGAGUUGCACCAACUGCCAAGGCUUGAUCGACCUCGAUGAAACACGCCCUUUUGGAUAAUUCUGAAAUACACAUUCUUUUUCAGUUUUAGGUAACCUAAUCUUUUUUUCUUUUUCUUUUUUUUUUUUUUUAAACCUCUAGCACUUCACCACUUACCUUUUUACCAUUUCCAGCUAUGCAUUGGACUUGAACCACUUGAAUUCCAAUAAAUAAUAAUAAUGGGGUGUUCUAAAACCUUUGAUCGGUAGUGUACAUGACAAUAUACUGAAGCUGGCAAACUUAUCGAGUUCAUUUUCGUUUGUUGUGUGAUUAACGAAUCAAUUUGUCGCCCCAGGCCUAGUGCCCACAAGCUUUUUCUGAAUGAGAAAUCUUGUCACGUUUUAGCUUUGCGAGAUCUUGUGACAUCCCUACUGAUGACAUACACAGCACUCUCACAGAAUAUUUAUCUAUGUUUACUAUUCCUAUACAGCCACUCGGAUCAUUUCUGCUGUCUGUUCAUAUUUUUUGGUGGGUCAGCCACGUGCGUAUGCUAAAAUCCAACCCCUACAACACACCGACAUUGAUUUGUCCGAAUCCAGGAUGCACUUAGUGCAACCAUCGGUCAUUUACAUUACAAAGAAUGAGAGGCUGUCAUGGUGGAACUGGCAUGAUUACUUCCAUGUUCUAUGACAUACUCCGCCAGUUGGGGCGUCCCCUACUCCCCGCAAACCCGGAGCAUGCUUUGUGGAGUUUUCUAUUCACCACAGACUGUUUACUCGCUCACUGUAGGAACUAAAACAGUGUAUUCAGUCUGCCUGUGACAUAACUGAAGUUAUGCUGGCAAGUUUUUUGGGGGUGGGGGGUUAUUUUUCUCAAACUGCUGUGCCUCUCUUGAAGUCUUCCGGCGCCUCACAGGGGCCUCAUAUUUUUAUUGUAUUUAAUUUAGCCACUUCAGUGAUAUCACCAAUGCACCAUUUGGUUGUGAAUUUUUCUUGGAGCUUAACGUAUCUACGGAUCCAUCCAUUGUCCAGGUGUACUUAAUUAUCAGCUUUGAGUACCACAUUGUCACGGUUCGACUCUCGGCUAAGAUUUGAAGUUCUCCAUAAGUGUGAAUGAUUUUGGCAAUGGGUCAUUCUCCUGUAAGGGGUACCAAAAGUGUGACAUAGCAAGCAAAACAUGAACCAAUUCAAAACCAUUUUGCAUUUUAAUCACUUCUUCUGUUUCAGAUUAUGAAGAAAAACGUGUAAGAAAAUGUCACAUUUUGGCAUAUUUCAUAGCAGCAUGGCCGUGUUUACUGAAAACUCAAUUGUAGUGUUUACAUAAAAAAUUAAGUUGUGUUCAGCAGUUCUAUUUAGUGACCUCUUUGCCCCAAGUCGAAUGUAGUGGAGGCGAUUAGUAUUGUUGAAGCUAGUCUGAUCAAUGAUAUGGAAUGCAUACAGGGGAUGUUGAAAUUAAUCUGUUCCAGGACGCUGGUUUGGCUCUGAUUUGUUUUUGUUUUUCUUCCCUCAUUGGAGAUAAUGGAAAUAGAAAUAAUCAGUCCCAGAUUCGAGCUGUUUCAUAACAUUUUAGCAUAGUUAAGUAGACCUGCAACGAUUCAUUGAUUUAAAUCUUUGAGAAAAAAGCUAUGACGUCUUUCUGUUGCUUUGAUACAUUGUUUAAGGAGUGUAACUAAUAAAAAUGUAGGAAAAUGGGAACGCUACAAUAGAGCGCAGGUGACCGUGGUGCCGUGGUCUGUGUGGUGGGGAGCAGCGGAGAGUGGCGAUGGACAGAAAUGGCUCAAAGGAUAUCGGCGACAGAAGCUGUAAAAAGUUUGGGAUCGUUUCACUCUCAAAAAGAAAGACAACGUGGUGCAAUGUUUGCACUGUCCGAUGGAGCUGGCAUUCCACAGCGGUGCUACAUCGAUGCUGCAGCACAUUUCCAGAAAGCACCCUCCGUAUUUACAAAGCAAACAACCAGAAACAAGGGGAUAAAGAUGGCAGCAAGGUAACAACAGUUGUGGCCACACCAGGCCAGGGCCCGGACCGGCCACAGGAGGUGAGCUACACGGACACUAAGGUCAUCGGCAACGGCUCAUUUGGCGUCGUCUACCAAGCCAAGCUCUGUGACUCCGGAGAGCUGGUGGCCAUCAAGAAGGUGUUGCAGGACAAGAGGUUUAAGAACCGUGAGCUGCAGAUCAUGAGGAAGUUGGACCACUGCAACAUAGUCCGCCUCCGCUACUUCUUCUAUUCCAGUGGCGAUAAGAAAGAUGAAGUGUACCUGAACCUGGUUCUGGACUACGUUCCAGAGACGGUCUACAGAGUGGCCAGACACUACAGCCGAGCCAAGCAGACUCUGCCCAUGGUUUAUGUCAAGUUGUACAUGUACCAGCUCUUCAGAAGUCUGGCCUACAUUCAUUCGUUCGGUAUCUGCCAUCGGGACAUCAAGCCUCAGAAUUUGCUGCUGGAUCCGGAAACGGCUGUGCUGAAACUGUGCGACUUUGGCAGUGCUAAGCAGCUUGUCCGCGGAGAGCCAAACGUUUCCUACAUCUGCUCUCGAUACUAUCGAGCCCCUGAGCUCAUCUUUGGGGCCACUGACUACACCUCCAGCAUAGAUGUGUGGUCAGCCGGCUGCGUGCUAGCAGAGCUGUUGCUAGGACAACCAAUCUUCCCUGGCGACAGUGGAGUGGAUCAGUUGGUUGAAAUUAUCAAGGUUCUGGGCACCCCGACCCGGGAGCAGAUUCGUGAGAUGAACCCCAACUACACCGAGUUCAAGUUCCCCCAGAUUAAGGCGCAUCCAUGGACUAAGGUGAGUCAACAGGUGUUCCGGCCGCGUACGCCCCCCGAGGCCAUCGCCCUGUGCUCUCGCCUGCUGGAAUACACGCCCACUGCGCGCCUCACACCCCUCGAGGCCUGCGCGCACUCGUUCUUUGAUGAACUGCGCGACCCUAACGUCAAGCUACCCAACGGGAGGGAGAAGCCCUCCCUUUUCAACUUCACCACCCAAGAGCUAUCCAGUAAUCCAUCUUUGGCCUCCAUACUCAUCCCUGCCCAUGCUCGCAGUCAGGCGGCCGCUUCUACCCCAACCAACGCCUCUGCCACCACAGACGGUAGCAGCACAGAGCGAGUCCCCAGCACCACCACAGCCUCAGCUUCCGCCUCCAACUCCACUUCCUGAGCUCCGCAGACCACCUCCGACACCCUCUCCUUCCCCACACAGCCCAUGACCUCCCCCAUUGUUGUCCCAGCCACGUGUAGGGUGGGGUGAGGUGAGCUCAGACCUGACCCGAUCCUCCUCCCUGGCAGUAGGCCACAAAGCCCCAAACAAGCACCACACCCCCUUGAACCAGCGUGUCAUCCAGCUGUCUUGAGUCGUCUCUCUUGGGGCCCUUUCAAAGGGUGGGCGGCACAGGGGAGCCAGAGGUGCGUGAAGAUACAACUAUGCUGUACGCACAAUGCUCGCCUGCUAAUGUGGUCAAGGUUGUAUUAAACACAUAAAAAAAACAAAGAAAAAGGGCGACCUGAGCCACCACUUUUGGGCGCCCAACCCCACCCACCACCCAUUUUUACAGCAUCCUAACCAGCCUUAUUAUUAUUAUUAUUAUUAUUAUUAGUAUUAUUAGUAUUAUUAGUUUCCUCCUAUAUAGUGCAUGACCUGAGAAUGGUUAGGAUCAUCUAGGGUGGGGGGGGCGUGGAAGAGGGGGAGCGCUCUCUCACCUUUGACCUGAAGGCAUGAGGCUUGUACUCACUCACACACACACACACACACACAGAUGCAUGAUGUAUGUGCACAAGACGCCAGAUGGGUUUAUUUUUGUUUGUUUUUUGCCACCAGGGGUUGUUUUUAAAAUGCUUCGCAAGCCAUUUUACUCAACUUUGUUUUGUUUUGUUUUUUUUUUAAAAAAAAGAAAAAAAAUGUGCUCCCCUGGGCUUUUUUGUUGUUGUUUAUCUGUGUGCUUGUAUAAUAUAUACAUAACGCAUUACAUCCACAGUUUCUAUGUGACUUUUCCUUCUGUAUAAAAGGUAUAUAUAGAUAUAUGUAUAUUAACUACCACGGUUCACAAGUCAUUUAUCGGUGAGUUCAUAUCCGUCAAGAGCCGCAGCAAUAUUUGCUGCCGCCUUUAAAAGACAAUAUAAUUGGAUAAUGUAUUGUUUUUUGUUUGUUGUUUUUUUUAAUUUGCUGGAAUGUGCUGAGAUUCCAGCGCUCCUUUGUCGUCUUUAUCGUGUCAGAUGGGGGCGCUCUCUCCAUCGAGUACUUCUUAACACUUUUAACCACUGAGUUGUUACCCCUAGUGACCUUCCGCACACACGUUUGGUACAGUCCGUCAAAGCGUCUUAGCAACGGACAGCGCUCACGACAACGACGACGACAAAAAAAAGAGAGAGGAAAAAAAAAGCUGAAUUUGUAUAUACAGUAUAAAUGCUCCUCACCAAAAUCCUGUUUGUUUUUUAUGUUGUGUUCAAGGUAUGUACAUAUGCAGACCCAUGUACUGUUUAUGAGCAAAAAUGGAGGCAAAAAAAGCUAAUAAACAGAAUCAGGUUGUUGAUGGAUAUUGUAGAUGCUGAGGAGCUUUAUCCAGCCAUAUGUUCAAUCUUACCUGUACAGUACAGUAGUGUAUUAUUAUUGGAAGCAGAACUAGUCAUGUAUAGUGUAACUAUAGUUUGGAGUGCCUUUGCUUUCAUACACCUUCGCCUUGUUUCCACAUCACCCCCUCCCUCAAAAAGCGUGCCGUUCCCUUUGGUGCUGUUGAAUGCCCCCGCCGACCCCACACACAGCGAUUGCUCCCACCGCCUCUUUGUCAUCGCACAAUUAAUUGUAACAUACAGAUAGUUCACUGACUGUUAAUUGCAAGGAGAGUUUCCUGUUUAUUUUAGCAGAUCGCCUGUUAUGUAUUUGGACUGGUACUGCAGUCCUCACUUGGACCUCUAGGGGGAGUUGCUUGGCUGGCAGACUCCACAUAAUAUGAAAGGCAGUGUGCAGUACUACCAAGGAGUGUCACGGUCACGCUGGUAAGAAGCAAACAAUGUUGUGAGAUUCAAGUGUUAGGAUUCUGAGGAAUUUCGAGGGAAAAAUUGUUUAUGAAGGAAAGAAAAAAAAAGUCAUAUUAUGACAAAAUGGGGGCGAGAAAAAAAGUGUAGUUUUACUACUACAGGGGCAUCCAACGUGCAGCCGGGGCCAAUUGCGGCCGCGGCACAUUCUAAAAAGAUAAUUUAACAAGAAAACUAAAAAAAAAAAAAAAGGAAAUAUCAGCAGUAGUUUUACAAGAAAACUGCAAAUAUUACGAGAGAAAAAGGUAGUAAUGUCACGAGAAAAUGUUGGAAUUUUAAGAGAAUAACGUAAUAAUAUGAGGAAAAAUAACGUCAUUUUAGUAGCAUAAAGCUCAAAUAUUAAAGGAAAAAGACGUUAUUUUUUUUUAAAGUUGUAAAAUAAAAAAAAUGAGUUGUAAUGUUUGGAAAAUUAGCUUGUUAUGAGAAUAAAGCACAAAUAUUCAGGAAGAAAAGUCGUAUCAUAACGAGAAAAAUGAGUAUAGAAUAUGCGAAUAAAUGAUUCUCGUACGAGAAGAACAUUUAUGGAGAUUUGGGGGGGGGGACAAAGACAGAAGUUCAUAAAAAUAAUAAGCUUUUUCACGUGUACCACAAAGCUGAGAUGCAUUUGUCUUUCUUGAAAUAAGUCUACGUUCGUAGUCGAGCUACUUGUGCUUCCAAAAUAUCAGUGGCCCCUGUGAAUCCUUUCAUUCUUCAGUAUGUGGCCCCCCCGGAAAAAAUGUGGACACCCCAGUUUUACGAGAGUAAAGUCGUAAUCUUAUGAGUAUAAUGAAGAAAUUCAGAGGAAUAUAAAAGUUGUCACAAUAUGAGAAUAAAAGUCAGCAUGUAAAACAAUAUGUACCGAAAAUGAUCACGUUUACCAGUCAUUUUAUGAGCAUAAAGAGGGAGAAAUUCCGAAAACAAAGUGCGACAUUACGGCUUUUUCUUUUAUUUUUAUGUUAUUCUCGUAAGCAUGAGUUUUGUUUUUUUUAAUAUCGACCCACCCCCACCCCGCCCCGCCACAAAUACAACACCUGUUUCUCGUGAAAUGUCGACUUUGUUCUCGCAACAGACUUAACAACUUCAUUCGGUUUUUCGCAAUAUUAUGACUUUUUCUUUUAAGCCCCUUUUCUUGUAACUUCAUUAUCGUAAAACGACGCAUUUAUUUGUCAAAUAUUUCGACUUUAUUCUUCUACCCUGACGACUUUUUUUCGUUAGCAUUACAAUUGAAAACUUAACUUUUAACUUUAAAAAAAAGUUAGCGUUACGAACAUUACCGUGUUUUUUGCAAUAUUACGACCUAAGUACUAAGUAGUACAAGUAGUAUGACUUAAUGCGUGUAAUAUCACCACUUCUCUUCUUUUUUCUCCUCAAAUUAUGAAUUUUCUCGUCACAUACGACUUCUCUCACCGUGACACCUGAAUUGUCGUAACGUUACAUUUUUUGGGUCAUAUUGUCGUAAUAACGCCGCUUUCAUUCCCGGGACAUUAGGACUUUUUGGACAAUGUCGCAUAUGACACAACUUCACUCUCUCAAUAUUACAACUUUAUUCUCUUACUGCAACUUUAUGCAAGCAACACUACGCCUUUAUUCUUCCACUCGAACGACUUUUUCUUGUAGUAUUGCGACUUUAUUACUACUUAUUUCUUUCUCCGCAAUAGCAAAACUUUCCCACUAUUCUCUUUCAUCCUCGCGUAAUUCUUGCAACAUUACGACUUUUUUCUCAUGUUAUUACGACCUUGUUCUGUGAUUUUUCGCUAUUUGGCCUCCAAAUUUGAUACUUUAUUCUCAUUAGACGGCGUGUUGGGGCCACAUUGGGGGGGGGAAUAAUAAUCUCGAGAGAUCUCGAGAAUAAAGUCGGACAUUUACAAGAAAAAAAGCCACAAGUUUACGAUGAUAAAGUUGUAAAUUUACAAGAAUAAAAUUGUGACUUUACGAGAAAAAAAAUGUGGAAUUUCCGGGAAUAAAGUGUUAAUAUUACGUAUCAUACGAGCCGCAGGGAAAAGAGAGCCUGGCUUUUAUUUAUAACGUGGCAGCAGCAAAACAGAGCAGUUUCUCACUUCCACCUUCCUUACCCCGCCCCCUCCACAUGCCCAAGGCCAAAGGUCGCACAAGUCUCCCCUUUUCAUAGCUGUCUCAGGCAAUGCCUGUAACUUAAAGUUACGAGUUUUUUCUCGUAAACGGAUGACUUUAUUCUCUUUAUAUUACAUGCUUUUUCUUGUAAAUGUAUAAAGUCGUACAUUUCCGAAUUUAUUCUAUUACUUUUAAUACUUCGUCGUAACAGGCAUUGCUGAGACAGCUAUGAACGUGACCUUCGGCCUCGGGCAAAAGUAAAAUUGAGGCUUUUUUUUUCUCUCGUAAAUGUAUGACUUCAUUCUCGUAAAUUCACGACAUUUUUCUGUCGUAAACUUACGAAUUUGCUUUUCGUAAAUUUACGACUUUAUUCUCGAAAAUCCAAUUUUUUAUUUUUUAUUUUUUUUUACGUGGCCCUGAUACUCCGUCGUACGUUAGUUACACUUGUAACAUUGCGUUGUACUGCUACGUAUUGUCCCGAAUACUCCUUGGUAGAGUAAGUGUCGGUUCUUGAGGGUAAUGAUGUAUUCUGCCAUUCUGCCAUGUGUGGAUCCAGUAUGUUUUACGUGAUAUGCCCGCCAUCUUGGGAGUGGGGUGGUGGUGUUUUUGUUACGGAUUCAGUCGCACCUAAAGGGGUGGAGUCAUGUAACGUCUCUCCUGCUUGCUGUAAUUUUGCAUCCAUGAACGUGUUGCAACCCACCUGACCUUACCUGACCUUACCUUACCUGACCUACCACCCCCACUUCAAUAAAAACACCAAAAAGGUUGCCAAAAAAAAAAAAAAAAAGACAACAAGCAAGUGGAGAUGCUAGUGUUUUAUGUUAGCAUAGCACAAUGUGCUAACCGGGGUUAAAGAAAAAUCCUCAACAAAAAAAAAAAAACAUCCCGUAUAACAGUACUACUACUUGAAUGACUCUGUUUGUGACUGAAAUUUUUAUUUUGUUUGUUUGUUUUUUCUUUUGUUCUGUGAAGGUAUGCUAAAUGUGCGCCUCUGUAAAUAUUCCCUCUGCGUGCUCUGAGGAAUAGUUCCCUGGUACUGUAAUUUGCAUUAAAUAAAGAGUAGGAUAGCCUGGAAAUGAU